UGAAGCCGAAGACACGAGUUUGGGAGAAGUGCGCCUCCCAGGCGUAGUUGCUUCACUUCCUGCUGUAGCUCACCGACCCUUCUUUCACUUUCAGUUCACUGUGCGUCGUUCGCGAACUGGUCGGAAAUCUAAGUGCUCUGGAGGUCAGUGUGAAAACAAGCGAACAGCUCGGGACACUCAACUGGCAUUCGUCUGUGGCAAACCCCGCAUUCGUUGAACGGCGACAGCUUGAGAGUGCAUGGCGUAGGGAAGUGUGCCCACAGUUUACCUGUGGAUUCUGAGCGACGGUAAUCUAUGACACGAAGUGCAGACAUACAGUGACCAACGAUGGCAACUGCUCAAAGUCCAGGAAUUUCCUCUUCAGAAACGGCCUUAUCAGCAGAGGCACUGGCAAACACAUUUUCACAAGCUGUAAAACUAGGUGAUAAAGAUGAAGCCCUACGAUGUGCAACAGAACUUGCAGAAAUGCACGCUUCACUGACAGUUAGCAUUGCCAAGGAAAUGUAUCCAUCAUAUGAAAUCAAACUGAAGGUGGGUGUGGAAGAUGCUCAUUCAAUGGCCACUGUACCAGUCACAAUGGUAGUUCAACCCGACAUGACAAUUGAAGCCCUCAAGAAUAAGGUGUGCGAAGAUUAUGGGUUUCACCCUUAUCUUCAAACCUGGGUGAUUGGGAAGCGGCUGGCUAAGAGCCACGAAACUCUCUACAGCCAUGGUGUGCACAGAGAUGGCGACUAUGCAUUCCUUUACAUCCAGACAGCCAAGAAAGCAAAAUUAACUAAGGAACUUCUUCAGCAGGAGAAACAGCAGAAAGUCCUGGGAGAAAUUAUAAAAGCAGUGGAUGGAGUUUCAUUCGAGCAACAAGCCAUGGGUAACCUCCCUGCCAAACUGAAAAAAAUAGAUUUGAGAGAGGAAGCUGGUAACUGGAGUUCUGAACAAGUCUCAGGUGUGGAUGCAGAACUUGAUGUUGUGUUGCCAAUAACUGGCUGGAAAUGUGAAAAGUGCACAUUCAUCAACAAGCCUAGCAGACCAGGGUGUGAGAUUUGCAGUGCUGAGCGACCCAAGAACUAUGAAGUGCCUGAAGAGUAUGAGCUGGAUCAAGAAGAAAUUAAAAGGAUGCGAGAUGAGGAGAUAUCUUUGAUGCUGUAUAAGCAAGCCAUGGAACUGGAGAGAAUGGAGAACUUCAAGAGGCUUAUUGACACUGAAGAUCAUGGUCUAGUCCCCAACUCGGAGGAGAUGGAGUGCCCCAUCUGUUACUCCAUCAUAGAGCCGGGAACAGGUGCAACACUCCGGGAGUGUCUGCACAAUUUUUGCAAAGAAUGCUUGAAGGGAACAAUCAUUAACUGCUUGGAUGCAGAGGUUUCUUGCCCCUAUAGGGACAAUGAAUAUGCCUGUGACAAAAAACUGCUUGACCGGGAGAUCAGAUUUAUUCUGUCUCCGGAGGAGUACCAGAAGGUUCUAGCAAUGCGUCUUACUAUUGCAGAGAACCAGAGUGAAAACAGUUACCACUGCAAGACUGCAGACUGCACAGGCUGGUGCAUCUUUGAAGACCAAGUCAAUGAGUUCAUGUGCCCUUUGUGUAAUAAGAACAACUGUUUGCUGUGUAAGGCAAUCCAUGAGGGAAUGAACUGUAAGCAAUAUCAGGAUGACCUAAGAAUCCGAGCAGAGAAUGACUUAGCAGCCAAGCAAACUAACGACAUGUUGCAGACCCUUGUCCAGACUGGGGAGGCAAUGCAUUGUCCAAAGUGCAGAGUCAUUGUCCAAAAGAAAGAUGGUUGUGAUUGGAUCUGCUGUCUCAUGUGCAAAACCGAAAUCUGCUGGGUGACCAAAGGUCCACGCUGGGGCCCAAAUGGGGCUGGAGACACUUCUGGAGGCUGUCGCUGUAGGAUUAAUGGAGUGCCAUGCCACCAAAACUGUCACAACUGUCACUAAAUUCUACAUGUAUUUGUUUGCUCCAUGCCAGCUAUUGUUGGUAGUGUUUGUACGAUGGGGUCCAUGCUACACUGCUGAAAAACCUGGAGAACAGAUGUGUAAACACAAGACCUUCUUGCUUCUAGACCUUCUUGCAUUCUUGGGGGAAAAAACUGCUUUUGUUGCAAAUUCUGCCUGGCAUGGUGUUUCGUUUACGGUAUUGGACAUUUAGAAAACUGAGGAUAUUUAGUUCAGGAAACCCCCAUUUAGAAUAACAGGCGUAAUCAGGGCGGUACGUGUGUUUUUGUCUUGUGUUGAAUGUGGUGGUCACUGCAUUUGGAGACUCUGUGCAGACGUACUGGAUUGUCCAAAACCUGGGAGUGGUCUUAUUGAGAUCACCAGUGCUAGGUGCAUCUGUGAGAGUAUCAGCUGUAGCUGCUACCUGUAUAUUUUAACAAGUCACUGUUCUGUGUUAAAGACAGAUAAACACUAAUCAGAAUAAAUGGUGACCUACUC